AUGACUAGAAAGAAAGUGGAGCUUACAUACAUAGCCAAUGAGUCAAAGAGGAAGGCAACAUUGAAGAAAAGGAAAAAUGGUUUGAUAAAGAAAAUUGAUGAGAUUAGCACCCUCUGUGGGAUUGAAGCAUGUGCUAUAAUUUAUUCUCCAAAUGAUGAACUAGACGUUUGGCCAUCCGAAUUGGGAGUCCAAAGGGUGCUUUCUAGGUUCAAGAGCAUGUCUGAACAUGAACAAGGCAAAAAGAUGUUGAAUCAAGAGAGCUUCUUGAGCCAAAGCAUCAUCAAAGCCCAAGAGCAGUUGAAGAAACAAAAGAAUGAAAACAGGAAGAAAGAGAUGAGUAAUCUCAUGUUUGAAUGCUUAAAUACUGGGAAGAUUUGUGACAAUGCUAGCAUGAUAGAUUUGAAUGAUCUUUCAUGGUUAAUUGAUCAGAACCUAAAGGAAAUUGAAAGGAACAUGAGUAGGAUGCAAAUCCAAGAGGUGACACCAAUAAUUGAAAAUGGAGGAGAAACCAUGAAUGGAGGACAACAGGUAAAUAUGGAUAAUGUCCAAGUGCCAGAGACCAACAUGGAUAACAUGCAAAGGCAGCAUUGGACCUCAGAAUUUAUCAAUGGUGUAGUUGGGGACGACAUGCUCCUACCAUUUGGAGAUGUUAAUAUCCAAAAUGGCCUUUUUCCUAACCCAUAUAUCCCUUGA